AUGGACAAGCCGAUGGGGUUGUUGUCAUCAAAACGGAGGCAAGAAAGCUUAGUUUGGUCCCGAUUCUUGUGCUCCACUAAUUUUGUGCGCUUUAGUUGUUCGUGA